CCGCACGGUGUGGACCCACAGUCUGUGGUGUGGAGUCGGUGGUGUGACGCUGCCUCUCCCGGUCGGUGACAACUUGUGUGUCCGUUAGCGCAGUGUCUGCCCAUGGGCGCUGCUGCUGACACGCGCCGCUGCUCUCGGUGCCCGGUGGGCUGCUGCGGUCGGUUCGGGACGGUACCGGGCUCCGCGCUUUUAUGAAUGAAUAACGAAGGGGGAGGACAUGCGAGUGAAUGCGAAACUCAGCAGCAGCAGCAGCUCCCGGGGGGGCAGCCGCUGAUGAGAGGGAUUAACGACGGAGCGGAGCCGCGGCUCGUUGCGGAAAAAGCCGAGUCUGACUGCAGACUGGCGAGGAGACUCACCGUGAGGGGACCGAGCUCCGCAGCAUAGAGCAGCAGCAGCAGCAGCAGCAGCAGCGAACACCGAGGUUACACCAUGUCCAUCCACAUCGUGGCUCUGGGCAGCGAGUGCCCCGGAGGAGUUGGGCCUGGGGAGGAGAUCAUGGGCCAGGGGCAGCUGCAGGGAGGCCUGCUGUGGAGCUACCUGGGUCACGGUGCCCUGGUGGGACCCUGCGACCUGGAGAGCAGCCUACACAACCCAGCGUUCAUGGAGUACACCUCGCGUGUGUUCGGAGACGUCACCGUGGUGGUGCGGGAUUGUCCCAGCUGGGACUUGUUGGACAGCGACUGGGCCAGCGUGCGGAAAGUUCUCGAGCAGGCAGACAUUCUGGUCAUUAAGUAUUCAGUCACUGACAAGCUGGCGUUCCAGCAGGUCAGGAACGGCUACGCCCCGAGACUGCGCCCGCUGCUGAGGCACUGGGGCGUACCAGUCAUCCUCGUUGCAGUUGGAGCGCGUCUGAAUGAUGAGGGUCCCCCCUGUACAUGUCCCCUGUGUGCCUCAGACUGGAGCAGCUGUGUGCCUCACAGUGAGGGUCUCCAGCUGUCCCGGGACCUGGGGGCCACCUACCUGGAGUUGCCCUCUCUCAAUCACGUCUUCGUAGGGCGCUACUUUGGCAGCGUGCUGGAGUAUUUCAUGAUCCAGUGUCUGAAACACAAAGCCAAAGAGAGGCCGGAGAAGAGGCGAGGAAACAAAGUGAACGAGCUUCGUCCCCCUCACUUAGAACAACCAGCUCGUCUUCCUCCCAUCCGUGUGGAGGAGUCCAGCUUCUCCCAGGACAUGCAGUGGUUGUUGGAGCGUGGCGUUCAGUUCGCCGACGUGGCUUUCUAUGCCGGGGAAUCCGGGAAAGAACUGGGUUGGGCACACGCGGCUGUGCUGUGUGCUGUCAGCCCCUACUUCAGACAGCUGCUCCUGGGGCCUAAGACCAGGGAACGCCCACAGUCACGAUGUGUUUGCAGAGAGCGGGAUGGAGGCCCCCACUCACUGCUCUCCACCUGGGAUGGGGGGAUUAUUGAUGACAUGCCACGAUCAGAGGGGCACCUGACGGGACGACUCUCCCGGCUGGUGGUGAAGGACCCCCUCCUGUGUAUGUGCUUGUGGGAGACACUCAUGUUUAUUUACAGAGGAGCGUGGGAGUGGGAGCACCUCCAAGAGGCCCUGGAAGAGAAGCUUAAGAGCUCGCUGGCUGUUGCUCAGCUUAUGGAGCGCAUUCGAUCUCUUAUCGGGAGAGAAAGGGGCCCCAGGGAUACCCCGAGUGCACGGGCAGCUCAGCUCGGCCCCCAGACGCUUGUCAACCUCUUCAAUUCUCCUCUCUACUCAGAUGUCAUCUUCAUGGUGCAAGGGAGCGUGUUGCCGGCCCACCGGGCGGUGCUGGUGGCACGCUGCGAUGUCAUGGCGGCAAUGUUCAGUGGAAAGUACGCAGAGGCCCGGAGCCGAGUGGUGCCCAUCCACGGAGUGUCCUCGGAUACCUUCCUCUCCUUCCUUGAGUACCUCUACACUGACUCCUGCUGUCCUGCCAGUGUGAUGCAGGCCAUGGCCGUGUUGGUCUGUGCCGAGAUGUACCAGGUGAAACGUCUGCAGCACCUGUGUGAGGUCUGCGUGUGCGCGUACCUUCAGAGCAUGCCCAGUAGAGAGCUGGCAUCCACAGGGAUCAGCGUGGUGCGACUACUCCGCAGGGCAAAGUGCCACAACGCAGAGCAGCUGUACGUCUGGCUCCUGCACUUCAUCGCCAACAACUACCUGAUCUUCAGUCACAAACCUGACUUCCUGGAGCUCUCAGAUGAGGAGCGCGAACAGGUAGAGAGGCUCCGCUGGCCAUCCAGAGGCUACCUGCAGGAGCUCAGCGAGUACCAGCAACGACGUCGCAAACUACGCAAGUCCCGCUGCAUAGUCAUGUGACCCCCACAUGUGGAUUCCAGUG